AUGAGGAUAUCUUUCAUAAGAAACAAUUCAAUCAAACAAAUUCAAGCCUUAGUCAAACACGAACAAAAUAUAGUUACGGAAGAUAAGCAUAUAAUCCAUGUUAAAGCUGGAUCAGGUGGAGCUGGUAUGGCAAGGUACAACGGGAUAGGAGGCAAUGGGGGGAGUGUCAUUUUGAAAGCGAAACCGAACAUGGCUUUCGUAGACAUCCGGAAGAGUCUUGGAGGAAGUAUGAAAAUAAAAGCCCUUUCAGGGCAGAGUAGUCAAAAAACAAAACUGAUUGGAAGUCAUGGGGAAUCUACGAUUUUCUCUGUACCUGUGGGUGUGGAAGUUGUAGAGAAAAACACAAACAUCCUACUGGCCAGGUGCACUAAACCUUUCUACGAAUACACCAUUGCACGAGGGGGAAGAGGUGGGUGUGCCGAUAAUAAUUUCAAGGGAGAGAAGGGAGACGAAUUCGAUAUGGAAGUUCAUCUGAAGCUGAAGCCGAAUGUUGGGCUAGUGGGUUUUCCAAAUGCCGGCAAAUCAACCUUGUUGAAAGCAUUUGUUCCGAGAAAAAGUGUUAAAAUAGCUCCUUACCCUUUCACUACAGUAAAACCUCAAAUGGCAUUUUGGACCGAAAAAGAUUCAUCCUCCCCUUCGUCGGAUGACUUCACUCUCUCGAUUGCUGAUUUACCCGGUAUUAUUGAAGGUGCUUCUAGAAAUAGGGGAAAAGGCUAUAAGUUUCUGAAACACUUAGAGUACUGUGAUAUAAUUCUAUUAGUUGUUGACUGCAAUGGUUUUCAAUUGUCAGGAGACCUCUCGGAACCCUUCAGAAACCCUGUUGAAUCCGUGGCUUUGUUGCUCAAAGAAAUGGAAGCCUACGAUAACAAACUUUUAAGUAAGCCCACGGUUUUACUUCUCAAUAAGAUCGACAUAAUCGCUGAUAAAAAAGAACCACUCCGUAUGAAGGACAUGCUAUCAUCUCCUAAUUGGGAAAAUGCGGUUUCUCCUGAUCUAAGACCACAAAAUCCUAUCAAAUUUGACUAUAUUUUGCCUAUAUCAGCGAAGAGUGAGAAGAUUUCGGAAGUCAAGACGGUUUUAAAAAGGAUCUACAAGAACAUCAAUCCCUAUGAAACUGCUGAUGAAAAAGCACUCCCACAAAAAAAACUACUUUGA